AUGAGUCUGUGAUAGAGAAUCUAAGAUGGCGGAAGAUGUGAAUCUCCAAGCGUCCGUGUAUGACGAGGAUUUGUGUGAAAAUCCUUUCUUUAAGUACAUGCAAACAAAGCAAAAACAAAUAUACGAUGAAGCAGCUAGCAAAAGAUGGACGAUUUGUGUUCCAAGACAAGGGACUCUACCAAGAGGAAGCUUUAACCAGAGCCAUGUUGAAAAUCACAUAUUGAAACCUGUUGAGGACAAAUCAUCAGCAUUUAAAACUGUCAACAACAAGGAAGUUCAAGUUAGUGGAGAUUUUAUAGUGACAACUGAAGGCUUUCAGGAUGUAAAAUCAGUGCGAGUGCUAUUUGAAGAAACCUUUUUCAAUAGUAAUAAUCAGAGCUUUCCAGUGCUGUGUAUCAACCAGCCAUUAGAAGGAGGAAUAGGAGGCAGUUUGGAACCAAACAUAACUUCUCUUGAAUCUUUACAAGCUUGUUGUGAAUUCUUGUGGAGCAGUGCAGGAAGCAAACAAUCUCAGAAACAGAUUGAUGAUAUUUUGUUGUUGUUCAACUCAACUUAUGAACAGCUUGAGGGAGAAUCGCUAAGGCAUUUGAUGGAUGCGGCUCACGCAAUAUACACACGAGCCAUGCAAGCAGCUCUCAAGAACUCACAGCUUAGGAGACUUACACAGCAUAAUGGAAACUACAUGGACAACAUCAAACUAGCUAUUGAGACAUAUGUGAUGAAUGAACUCCAUGAUCAGCUUUUAAGAGGCAUUAGCUCUAUUUUUGGAAAAGAAGACGCCGUUUUGAAUAAAACCACAAGAAACUUGGCAGAAAUUCAGAUCAGAGAUCUGGGGAUAAAGGAACAGCUACGUACCAAUCUGCCAAGAGGAAAAAGAGCUCUUUCGUUCUUGAAUAGGUACAAAACGCCCUUGGAAAAGUUUCACUGUUUGAAGAAAACUGUAACCAUAGUAACUGACAGGAAGAUGAAGACUCCAGAGGAUGCUGCAGAGGCGAUAACAGUCGACGAUCUCCUCCCAGCCCUUAUCUUUCUAAUCAUCAAAUCUGAUAUUCCAAAUUGUUUGCUUCAAGCGGAAACGAAGAAGAAGUAGAAAAGCUGUUAUCGAGUGGGAGAGAACCUGUGGAUGAAAAAUUCUGUCACCCUCUGUGUGCUUGUGACAAGUGCGAAAAGCUACAUAGCAGCAAACGCCAUGAUCCGUUUGCAGUGACAGUGUUCUCUAGAGAUGAUCUUGGACGAACCGUGCUGCAUGUGGCUUCUGAGUACGGUCACUCUAGCUUGAUGUACAAACUGAUCAAAAGAGGUGCUGUGGUAAAUGCUAUGGACUAUAACGGAACAACAGCCCUGCAUUUGGCCUGUCAGCGGGGACACAGCAGCGCUGCAUUGGUACUGAUGCAUUACAAAGCUGAUGUAAACGCUCCCGACAACGAUGGCAAUACGCCUCUACACUUAUGCACAGCGAAUGGACACGAGAAGUGUACAAAGGCGCUGAUAUUUUUUGACACGUCACUGGACGUGCUCAAGGUGAACGCUGCCAAUGAACACGGAGACACACCGUUGCAUUUGGCGUCUCGUUGGGGUUAUGCUGAACUUGUUCCGCUUUUGCUUGAGAAUGGCGCUUCACUGGAGGCUCGAAACAAAGACAAAGCGACUCCGUUGGACAGCUCCCAUAAUAAAAAGGUCACCGAGAUACUCCUUGAAGCACAAGCGUUAGCCUGCGAAGAGCAAGAACACGCAGCAAUAUCUUAUCCGGAGGAGAGAUCCAACUCAGUCGUGGAAAGGCCACUUAUUCAUUCCAAGGAGUUUCCAAACGCUGUUUCAGAGGAUCAGGAAAAAACUAAGGAGAUCGACCGAUUUAUUCGUUCAGUUGCUAAUGGCGAUGUAGAACUGGUUCGGUAUAGGCUUGGUCUGAGCGACGACGAAGAAGACGAGGAGGACGGGGGCGAGCAGCCUCGCUCUGAUCAAGACCUCUGUCAUCCUUUGUGUCAGUGUGACAAGUGCAGCAAGUGGCAGAAGAGAUCGAGGCAAGCAGCAGAGAGGAUUAUUCAUCCAAAUGUUAAGAAUGGCGAAGGAAACACGCCGCUUCACUUUGCAGCUAUCAGGGGAUACGAAGAAAUGACGAACUUGUUAUUACGGCGAGGAGCUCAGACUGAUGCGAAGAAUUACACCCAGAUGCGAGCGCCUUUACAUUUCGCCUGUCAGUACAAUCACCCGAGGGUGGCCGGUCUUCUUUUAAGUAACAAGGCUAAAAUUAACAUUAAAGAUUACAAAGGCAACAGCCCCUUGCAUCUGUGCUGCUUCGCCGGACAUUUGGAUCCUGCUAGCGUCCUCAUAGGGCACGGCGCCAACGUGAAUCUCUUAAAUGACCAGGGAAAUACACCUCUGCACGUAGCAGCCAGGUUUAAUUAUGUCAAACUUGUGAAUUUGUUGCUCGAGAACGACGCGUCGGUGACGAUAAGGAAUAAGAAGCAGCUGACUCCUUUACAAUAUGCUCAACGUGAUGACGUCAUACGUGCUCUGGACCAAGCGAGUGGUAUCAGCUUCGAUGCUCGGACGAAGAGACUAAGUUACAGCAGCCACAACUCGCCAUACGAACAGGGUAAUAAAGAUUCAAACUCAGCUCUACUCAAGACCCGAUCAAACUCAAUCCCAGCCCACAUCGGAGGGAACGUUGCCAAACAGCCGUUACCUGUUACCAGUUCUACUGGUCCCACGUCGACCGCGCUGCCCACAAGUGAGCCUGGAGACAUUUCUCUUCCUUCGCACGAGAGACUCAACAAAUUGUUUGAGAGAUUGGAAAGAGGCGAUGUCGAACGGCUUCAAGACAUUGGAAAGGCUGUCAAGUCUUUUGAUAGACGGACGUCAUUGAGGAAGACUGCAACGAUUGACAAAAGCUCGCCACUGAUUGAUGGGUACCUUAAACACCAGCUUUCCAUUCAGCAUUUCAACCGGUCGGCGCUCCGUAAAGUGCAAACACGUGAUCACAGCCAACCAAUGAUUGACCAAGAUAAAGAUUACGGAGGAGACGUCAGUAGCGGAGAUGAAAAUGAGGAUGCCAGCCCGUGAUAGUCAUGUUCUUACCGCUUUCAGGUCACACAUACACAGAUUUCAUUGGGUUUAUAUUUACAUUUAACAAGUAGUCGCCCCGAAGUGGAGGUAGAUAUCCACCACGAGACGAGCUGAAUAAUUCCUUUAAUAUAUACCACACAAGAACCAAAUAGUCAGUUGAUGUUUGUUGAUAUACAGAAAGUUGAUCGGAAAUUAAACUCUUGACUCGCAGUUUUGUCUCUUUGGCUAAUCGGAGUUGAAUAGUGCUUGCUUGUCACUUCCCAACCAGCCAAUCAGCGCCCGCGAAAAACGCCUUCACUUUUGUGGUAUAUACUAAAACAAAUAUCGAGAAAUGGAACCAGAAUGGAAAUAUACAUGUCAUUUGUGUUUUUCGCUGAAAAAUAGUACUUCGUUAAUGUUUCUUUGAAAAUAAGUUCUUAAAUUUUUUUUCUUUCGGCGAAGCCAAAUGAAGAUUCUCCUUGCGAGAGUCUUAGUUUAUUGUGUCGCUAGCACUUUAGGAUAAAGCGACGUUCAAUUAAUUGUAAUGCCUUCAAAGAAGGACUCUUCUAAUCUACGAUUUAUGCAACGUGAAAGGGAAGAAAAUCGAUAAGAAUAGAAAGAAAGUUUUCAACUUGUAAUAAUCUCAUUUCCUUAACUUCGAAGAGCUUUUUAGUUUUGUACUGAAAUAACUCUGUUAAAAUACCUGAAAAUACGUUUGAUUAUCGUUUUUCUAGGUUAGCGUAGUCGAGAUUUUCUGAUGGUAAAUAUUAAUAAAAUAAUCAUAAUUUAUCAA